UUUUUUUUUAGCUAAGGCAAAAAAACAUACUCCAAUCAAAAGACGAAGAUGUUAUUAAAACCAACAUUUAUUCUAUUUCACACAUUUGAUUCAUGAAAAUCAUAAACCAGUUGAUCCACAACCAAAAUAAUUACCGAUCAGUUGAGGCUAUUCCUAACAGUGCGUGACAUUACUGGAUGAGGUAAAGGUCACAUACACCAGACUGGCAUUGACUAGAAAACGGAUCUGCGUAUGGACUGAGUGCUGAUUCAAGGUGGUUUCUUUUGAAUCAGCCAGGAACGCAGAGCCCUGUUCAAGGCACGAGCUAAAGCUUGAUUUUGUUUCAAUCACAAUGGGGAAAAAAUGCCGACAUCUGCAGGGCUCAGCCACUCCUCAUUCAACUGUGGUGGAAUUCAUCUUUUUCCUGACAGUUGGCGGGUAGUAAAUUGGGAGAUCCUGAUCACAGACACUGAAGUCAGAGGCUUUAACACGUCUCUGGAAUUGAUGACUAUGAGUGCAGUUCUCCAGUUUGUAGUCUAAGUUGAGGCAGAUCUCCAGCUGAGCGAGGGUCUGGAAAUCACCGUUCUGCACAGAAAAAGGGAGAAAGCUGUUCAAAUACCAGCAGCAUCAAGUUGCUGAAGCGUGCGACAGAAUAUUACCUUGGAUGGAUGGACACACUGGAUUUUGGGCUUGACGCGGUAGAAGUUCUCUAGGACGCCUUCAACUUGCUGCAACUAAACGGGAGGCAGACAUAAUUAAUAAAGACUAAAAUAUUUGGGAGCCUGACUUAAACACAUUAAAAUACAUGCUAGCUCUUCAGAGAUGUGGGGUUUCAUUCCCUUUACUGUAUGCUGGUUAGUCAGAAAGCACAGAAGUUGUCGGACUACAUGAAUGGAACCAGAACUGUGUCAGUCCUGUAAUGUUCCUAAAAAGAUCUCAGCAUUAUUACAAAAAAUAUAUAUAUAUUAGUCCCAAAAUUGUCAAUGAAAUAACAGGAGUUAGGAUUUAUUUUAUUUAAAAAAAUGUUUUGUUCCUCUAGUUGAUUUGAUUACUUUUUAAAUUGAGUCCUGCCCCUAAUUUCACUACUUAAUAUUGAACACAUUUGAUGCAUUGAGUGCGCAGGAAAACACUGUCGUGUCGGGCUGUCAAUGGAUUAAAAUGUUUAAUCUGAAUUAAUCGCACUGUAUAUGAGUUAACUCGCCAUUCAAGGCAAAUAAAUCACAUAUUUUGUAUCUGUUCAAUGUGUAACUUAAAGGAACAUACAACAAGAAAAGAUGCUAAUGUUUACAAAGUUGUGCUUUUAGCAUGCUGUUGAGCCUCUUCAGGGCCUCGGAUGAUGAUGGUGCGUUAAAGCAUUGUUGGCCACUCUGGUGUUGAUAACAUUGAUAUUUCAGUUACAUUUACAGCAGAUACAAAAUGCGUUAACUCAGCUUCAUUGCGAAUAAUUGAGAUCAAAAACAAUCACCCAUUGACAGAAUGUUUUUCUUCUUCAGUUUUUUUAAACUUGAAUUUUCUUCCCAUUAGUGCAACCUCAUUUAGUCGCCUUCAUCACAGAGGUUUUGGUUAUGACAUCACAUUGUACUGAAAAGAUUUCCAGACGAACAACAAAAGUUUAUAUGUGAUGAAUCGGCAUUAGUUGCAUUCAUUUAUGUCCUAUCUUUAAAGUGCCACUUUGAAAUUCCUGCAACUCAUGUGAUGCAGCCUGACACUCAGUCUCAUUUUCAAAUCAUAUGUUCGGGCAACACCACAUUAUGUAGCGUAUUUUUAGUAAAAUAAAGACAUAUGUAACAAACUCCAAAUCAACUUACUGUGUAGUAAUUCUCAGAUGGGGUGAUGCCAAACUUGCGGAGGACACUGCAGGAAAACAUUGCAGUUGAAACGUGUUAUUGCCGUUUUCGUUCCCGGAUAUGAUAACUAUAACUAAAAGCAGCUGGUUUAUUUAUGUUGAAGUUCCUCACCCGUUCAAGUCUAGUUUAUGAUACAGUUGCAGAGUUUUGGCGAAGUACUUGUGUUGUGUGUUAAGUGUUGCCGAUUUGGCCGCGCACGUGCCAUGUUUGCGCCACUCGUUUUUCCUGUCACGAAAGAGAAACAAUCAUAUUAAAGCCAGCUUCCUCUCUGACUUGCAACUGCAGUAAACAAAUAAACAACAAAAAACACAGUGUACCAGAAUGUUGUCGAUCCUGGGUUGAACAAGUUGGGCCAGUAUUGCUUCAUCUCUGGGAGAAGAUCCUGAAACAAACAUUGUAAUGAAUCUUAAGGAAUUAACAUUAUGUUGUCAGUGACAGAUGCCCACUUAGUUGAUUUUCAUUCAAUCCGUUCUAAGGAUUAUUGGUUUUGUUUUGUCAUCGAUCUUGGUCUGUUUAUUAAUCCAUUUUUGUGGACUGUGAUAUUUCAUUCACUGAGUCUAUAAAAGUGAGGAGACAGUUCUCUGAUUUGCUUUUUCUCCUUCUUGCACACAAGAUAUAAAGGUCACAAAACAAUGCUUAUCUCGUAUGAGUUAGUUUGAGUUUGAGUUGGCCUUUACUUUUGUUGUAACAACAAAAUGACUACUUGUGUUUGAGCAGCUCAUCUGAAGAAAUGAUUUCACAACUUGGAUGUGAAAGUCCAAAGUUUACAUGAUCCUUUACUUAUCUUCAAAAUGCAUCUUCUACUCAAGGGCUGAAUUACAACACACACAUGAGCCUGUUCAAGUUGCAACACAAAUCCCAAAGUCAUCUCAUUCACAUAUAUAUUAUUUUAAUUCUCAAGUAACUAUUUGUUUCUCUUUAAAUUCUCAUUCAAAUUAGGUUUGUGACCCGUCCAACUCGUCCAGGUCCAGAAGACAAAGGACGACAAAAGAAUUUCGAUCCCAGUUUCAGAGCAGAGUUAAUACUGCAGAAGGUAACCACUGUUGAUUUGUCAAAUUUGUUUGUGGUUUGCAUAAGAGCGAAUCAGCAUGUCAUACUUCAUGUUGAAACACUGCAGGAAGUGUUCCUAACUGCCUCUCAGAGAUGGAUGGUCUCGGUGCAUUACCUCGAUUUCAGAGCUGUUAAAAUGCCAAGAGGAAUUGCAGAAGGCUCCGUUAUCUGGCCUGUGGAGUGGAAACAUUCACAACUUUAGAAAGUAACGUGGAUAGUUCCCCAGUCAUUACAAGAAACAGAACCAUACCAAAGUCCAUGGAGAGUCCAGUAGCUUAUGCUCUGAUUACAGCGCUCCACCUGCAGUCAUUCACAGACACACAUAAUGACACCGAGCGACUGCUAAACCAAACUGAAACCAGCACCCGUGCAUUGCGCUGAGCUGUGUGUGUGUAACUAGUUAUUUCUCAAAUCCUCAAAGUCUAUAAGGAACUACACAGCUUUUCUUUGACGGCUUCAGACCGCGGUGGUGCUCUGACUCAGGCAGCAUGUGAAAUCAAGUACAUUAUGUGGUUACCCAAUUCGUCUCAAAGAGUCCCGGAGGAACAUUUUGCUUGAAUUAUCCCCCACAUCUUGGACAAACAAUGCUGCUUCCGGAAAAACAGCCAGGUAAACAAAAAAGGCCAGAAGAACUCACAGUACAAAAUGUGAUGGGCCAGUGCUGGGUGAGAAUCAGCUUGUCCAAUGUGUGUCUGAAACAAACAGACGUAAGGAAAAGACAGAUCUUCACAGAUUAUAUUUAUAUAUAUUUGUAAAUGAUACUUACGAAGAGGCUAUAGAGGGAAAUAACACAGCCGCUGCCAGGCAGAACAGAAGAGAGCCGUGGAGCUUCAUGGUUGACCUGGACGCACAUUAAUCACAACUCACUUCACAUGACACACAGUGUGGAAUCAUACACGCGCACUAAAUUAACUUGUAGUUGAAUAUAAAUGAAAGUAGCCCACACAAAAGUCUUCUCAGAUUAUAUAUCAUUUUACUGUUUUUAGACUUAAUAAGGUGAAUAUGCAGCAUAUCAGGUUCAUUCUGCUUUCCUAAAGUCUUGUAAACGGCAUUUAAAAUGACGCAAUCCGUGCCUCCAUUGUAAAUCGUUAAAUAUAUUUAGGUAAAAAGAAAGAAAAAAAAACUUGACGCACAGCUGAAACUUACCCGGCAACAGCGUGGAACCACUGACGUAGCGACGCUCGAGUUCAAACCAGCAUUCGGUGAAACAAACGUAGCUUCCAGAACAGGCAGGAGGUUGUUUGGUGAUCACUUCACUUGAAGGUGGUUUCCUUCUUGGUUCUUGCCCGAAAGGGAAGCGGACUAUUGUUUACGAAAGCGACUAAUGCAGUUACCCCGCUCGGCCAAUCACAGCUGACUCAGAAGUCAUAUGACCCCAUUGUCGUCACGUGUCACUGCUGCGUCACUGUAAAUUCUGUCUGUAGAUUCUAGAUUUUCAAAUAAUUUCCACGCAAACCUGAAGAGAAAAGUAUCCAUAUAUAUGAUCAUCUGAAUUUAAAAGACUGUCCCCGCCCCCUUUAUUUUUAUGGACGUGAAACUGCGUGUAUUUAAAUGACUGUUGCGAGAUAUUCUAUCAACUAUAUUAUCAUUCUAUUUGUCAAUAGAGAAAAUACUACAAAGUUUCUCCUGCAAAGGAGUUCAUAAAGGGAAGUUAAUAAAAUUGUUAUUAUGAAACAUAACAACAAUAAUAAUAAGGAUAAGAAUAAUUCACACAAAAAGCAAAGGAACUAGUGACACAAUAGAUGUUGAGGCUGUUAAAGAUUGAAAUUCAUUACUUAGAUGCUUCAUGUUCUCAGAGAUCUGGAUGAUGGUGAGGCUCUGACUGAAAGUGCCACAGGUGAUGAUGCUCUCCCUGGUCCUUUAUUCCAUCUUCUCCUCCAAACAAGUCCUAUUUCCUACCAGUAUCAGAGGCAACCUUUUUCACCAGCUUGUUCUGCUGGUCUCCACAGUCUUGUCUUGUAGGCCACAGCAAUGUGGUCGUUGUCCAGUUUGCUCCUGGGAGAGAACUAAUCUCAGAAUCAGAAUCAGAAUUUAAUUUAUUGCCAUGGUCAGUGGGGAGCCUGCCAAAUAGGAAAGUUUUUUUUAAUACAGUGCUGACAGAAAAAAAAAAAAAAAAAAUAAAUAAAAUAAAAUAAAAUAAAAUAAAAUAAAAUAAAAUUAAAUUCAACAGUCCGGCUCCAGCUGACAAUCCAAGGAAAAUACUGCCAAGAGACUGCUGAACGACUAUUUUUCUCUUUAAAUGUCAAUGGCUUUUUCAUAAGAUGCAUUGGUUUUCUGCCUCACAGCCACCUUGUGUAGUAGAAUACAAAUAUUUGACGUCUGCAGUACAUCAUUCCCUUUCCUUCAUUCCAACUUCAGACAGUGCGAGCGAUAGAUGGAUAGUCUACUUCAGGGACUAAUGGAUGGAGAAAAGGAGGGCAGAUAAAGAUCUGAUGGCGGUACAGGUCCGGGAAGGUGGAAGUGAGGGUUGCGCUUCACAGGACGAAAAAUCUGUGGUUUGCUCUUAGUUAUGAUGUGUAGCUGAGGUAUCAUGACGCAGUAUUGUGGGGUUGAUGAAACAGUGUCCUAAUUUCCAGAGGUCACUAGAUGGUGGUCCAGGUUUAGAAAUGAUGUGAGGUUUAACUGAAUGAGUGGUUCAAGUCCAAAUAUUUUACAGCAGACAGCGCCAUCCGGUGGCCUCUGAAAAUCAGCACACUGUUUCAUGAAAUCUCGACAACCUUUCAAUAGUCUCAUGAAGGUGCAUUUUAGAGUUGUGCAGGAGUAUGAGGUGAGAGAGACAGCGGUGAGAGUUACACCAGUGCUCUCUGUCCAGUUUGCUAUUGUUUUGGAUAGAUGAUGUCAUGGAGGAGCCUCCAUGGACCAUGAUGUUUGACAAGGCAGGAUGAUGAAGACAGGUUCAAGUGGAGGACGCUGACUUGCGGUGGCAACCCGUGACGGGAAAUUUCCAACGAAAAAGAAGAAGUCUGUCGUUCCCUUGUUGCAUCAUUGAAGUCCCUCGUCGUUAGAUGCGGUCUACCGCAGUGUUUGGAAACACUUGGUUAUUUUGACCUUGAAUGGCGCUAAACAAGACAAUGAAUAAUGCUCAAUGUAAAACCUCUUUUGAAUAUUCCAUCAUUUACAUUUGAAGCACAGUUGGCCGCCUCAUUAAGCUUGUGAUAUAAAUUGCCCCUGGGUUCAUUUACAAUUAAAUAGAAUCAUUACAGCUUAAUGUUGAAAUUAAUGUCAGGGCAAGCAAAAUGAGGCGAGGGAUUUAGCCCCGCAAUUAGCUGUGAAAUGUUAACAGAAUCUAUUAUCCUGCUUUUUAUAUUGUUGUGAUACGGGUUUAGGAUUUUGGGAGUUUACUGUUAGGUUCAUACCUGAGGACCUUUGAGCAAGGCAGUAAUCCAGUCUGUGUAGAUGAACCUCAGAUCUUUUUUGAUACUUGUUGUUUUCAUAAAGUGAUUGAAAUUACUGACAGUCAUUAUUUUAACUCUCAUAAUUUAAAUAUGUUACUUCCUUGAAAUUUCCGUUUACAGUAGUACUCUCAACCAACCAGCAGGGGGCUCUUAUGGACUGUAUAUAGAAUAUUAUUUCUGCCGUUCUCGACAUUAAAUUCCAGCGCCUGCAUUACUCUUUAUCAUGUGUGUACCUUACAUUCUUUCCGAUCUUGAAGUAUAAAGAUAGCUACAAUUCCAUAUAUCUUUGGUAAUUUAAGAAUUUCUAUUAGUACCCACAUAUUUUUUUUAUUUAUUUCUUUUUAAAUCCCCCUUAAGGUUCCCCGCCUUGUUCUGAUUUACUCUGUAAUUCGUAAUGCGUUUCACAGCUUCCACAGCGAUGUCAGGAAUAGUCCGAGCUGUAACUGAAGCUGGUUAUAAAAAUAGAGCCAGGAGCUGGUGCUCCUCAGCCAUGCCAGUGUCUCAAGACAUGUCUGGGUGUCGGCAGGAUUUUAGAAAUAUAGCACUUGCACUCAGACUAGGUGUAUAUUGUUGUGUUGUCUGCAGUUAGCUUGAACAAACCAGUUGUAAACAAAUUUUUCACAUGUAAACUCAUUACAUCUGGAUUUGGUUUUUGCAGAGAAAUGCUUUGAAAUGAAUUGUUUUUACAGAAAUAUAGAUGGUGUCCACUCUGCUCAGUUUUACUAACAAAAUAACUCUUUUCCAUGUGGCGUGUCUAUCCAUUAUUUUUUUUUCUUUGUAAACUAAUAUCCAGCUUUGCACUUUGAAAAAUAGAAAUUAAAUAAAUAACCAAUAUGAGGUGUACACUGCUCAUCAGAGCAACUUCCUGUAGCCAUGAGUCUUGAAGGAUACUUGUUAUAUAUAGGCAGCACUGUCUCCUUUUAAGGCCUCCAGGAGAAGCAGGUGGGGGUCGUCCGGAGAAGGGUGGUGGUUUCGUUGGCCUGGUCCUUGGUUCGGGCUGACUCCCUGCGGAUUCCAGCUGACAACCAAAGUCGCUGCAAAGGAAACCUCAAGGGGUCAGUGUCUGCAGGGUCAUCAUGUCGGUGUGGAUGAAACGUGGGAGUUAUGACCACCAGUAUCACCACAAACUGAGCAAAUAUGUGGUGAAAGAGUACAGCAGCUCAGAGGAGAUGGUGGACAGAUAUGAGUACAAAACUAAAGCCAGGAUUCAGGAAAUGGUCAACAUGAAGGUGUCGGACAAGUACGUGCGUGAGGGGCCGAUGAUUCGGGGACCAGGCUUCGUGGGGAGACUCAGGUCACACACGGUGUUUGAACACACUCCUCUCAAGCUCUUCUGCAGUGUGGAGGGAUACCCCACGCCCACCGUGAAAUGGUACAAAGAUGGCGUCAUCCUCGACAUCUCCUCUGGAAACUAUCUGGUUGAAGUCAAAGGUGGAGUCCAUACCCUGGAGAUCCCCAGGUGCUCAACUGAUGAUACAGCUCAGUACACCGCCGUGGCCUCUAACAUUCAUGGUCAGGCUUCCACCCAGGCUUCAGUCAUCGUGAAGAGGUACAAGCAGGAAGAAGAGGCCUGCCCCUAUGGAUGGAUGCCAUUCACCCCCGCUAUGCUUCCCAAAAUCCACUACACCAAAAUCAACAUCACUUUUGAGGAAAAGUUCGGCCCGGUCUUUGCAACCGAAGGGGAAUCAGCCACCCUGAGAGCCACCAUGAGUCUGAGCCCGAACCUCGCGAACCUGCAGCCGGAGGCUCAGUGGUACAGAGAUGACACCCGUUUGUCUGACUCCAAAUGGGUCAAGAUUGAUACCGGCAGAGGCUACUCAACUCUGACCCUCCCCAACCUCUACAAGGACGAUGAAGGCCUGUACACCCUCCGCAUGGUCACCAAAGGAGGCACCGCCGAACACAGCGCCUUUGUCUCCGUCGCUGAUGGCCCCCCGCCUGUGCCCGCUGCCCCUGGUGCUCCCAUGGACAUCAAGAUCCACGACGCCAACAGAGAUUACGUCAUUGUUUCAUGGAAGCCCCCCAACACCACCACAGAGGGGCCCAUCCUGGGAUACUUUGUCGACAAGUGUGAGGUCGGAACAGAAAACUGGACUCAAUGCAACGAUCACCCGAUUAAGAUCUGUAAAUACCCCGUGUCCGGACUCUUCGAAGGACAUUCUUACUACUUCAGAGUCAGAGCCGUCAAUUCCCAUGGAAUUAGCAAACCAUCCCGCAUGUCGGAGCCCAUUGCUGCUCUGGACCCCACUGAGUUUGAGAGGCUCCACGCCAAAAAACUGGGAGGAAAACUGGAUGUUGUUUCUUACCAUGAUGAAGUCGAAGAUGACGGAACUCCCCCGGGCUCCGCUUCUGGAAUACAUGCCUCUGAAACAGACAGGACAUAUGUUGUUCUGAGCUGGAAGGCUCCCGCGUAUUACAGAAAGGCCCCAAUGUGGUAUUACAUUGAAAAAACCCUUGCUGACAGCGAGGCGUGGCAGCGUGUCAACACUCAGGUCCCGAUCCGAUCCCCCCGUUACGCGGUCUUCGACCUGGCCGAAGGAAAAGAGUACAAGUUCCGAGUGUUGUCCGCCAACAUGUACGGCAACAGUGAGCCAUCAGAGCCCACCGGACCCAUUCAAACGCAGGAACUUAAAGGUGUGCCCUCCGCCCCGGGUCAGGUGAUUUCUACAAGAGAAACUGACACCUCUGUCCUUAUUCAGUGGGCUCCACCAAAAGAACCAAACAAUCUUAUUGGCUACUACAUUGAUCAGUGUGUCAAGGGCUCAAAAGACUGGACUUCAGCCAAUCAUAAACCGCACAAGAGCACCAAGUUUGUUGUGAGCGGCCUCACGACGGGAGAAACGUACGUCUUCCGAGUCCAGGCCAUCAAUGAAAUUGGCCUCAGCGAUGAAUCCCAGGAAUCUUCCCCACUGUCUGUCAAGGCUGCUCUCACGUCCCCCUCCGCCCCCUAUGAUGUUGCAUUGCUGAACUGCGACGGACACUCAAUGGUCCUGAACUGGAAGAAGCCGCUUCACUCCGGUGGUGCGAGCGUUAAAGAGUAUUACGUGGACAAGAGACGAAGUGGGACAAGCAUGUGGAGGGAGGUCCAUAUCCCACCUGUGACUGAGAGAGUUUACAAGGUCGAGGGGUUGACGGAGGGUGCGGUCUACCAGUUCCAGGUGUACGCGGCGAACCUGGCUGGUCUUGGACCGGCCUCCAAACACUCCGCCGACUUCACCUGUGAGGCGUGGACAAUGCCUGAGCCAGGUCCAGCCUACGACCUGACCUUCUGUGAGGUGCGAGACGAUUCGCUGCUGGUUGAAUGGAAAAAGCCAGUUUACCAAGGUUCCAGCGAAAUCACCGGCUACCACGUGGAAUAUGCCAAGGCGGGAAGCUCUCAGUGGACCACAUCCAAUGAGAAGGCCGUCAGCCAUCGCUUCCACAAGGUAACAGGUCUGGAGGCUGGUGCUUCUUACGUGUUCCGAGUGCGAGCCGUCAACGCCGCAGGAGCUGGCAUGGCCUCAAUGUCCUCAGACCCAGUCGUCGCCAAGGCUGUGUCAGGAUCCCAAGAAGUGUCUUGCCGUGUUGAUGAGAAGUCAGGUGACAUAGUUCUGACCUUUGAGUCGUGCCAGAUGAAUGAGGGCUCUGAGUUCAUCUGGAAGAAAGACUACAAAGAAAUUACCGACUUCUCCAAAGGACUCGUGAUCAAGACCGAAGGAAGCCAAUCCAAGCUCGUCUUCAAAAACCCAGAUAAAGAAGACUGUGGUGUGUUUUCCGUCUCCGUCACCAACACGGAGGGAGUUUCAUCCAGCUAUUUGAUCACUUCUGAAGAGUUGACAAAAAUGCUGGCUCUCAGCUACGACAUCAGACACCCAGUCAUCCCGCUGAAGUCUGAGUUGAGCUACAAGAUCUUGGAAAGAGGCAGGAUGAGAUUCUGGCUGCAGGCUGAGGAGAUUUCUUCUAAUGUCACCUACAAGUUCUUUGCCAACAACAAGGAACUGUCUGGAGCUGAUCCCAACAAGAUGAGCCAUGACGUGUCUACUGGAGUCAUUGAAUUCAUCAUGGACCACUUCACCGAGGAGAACGAGGGAACCUUCACCUGCCAGGUCACAGACGGAGGAGGCAAAGCUCAGAGCUCUCUAGUUCUGAUUGGAGACGCCUUCAAGGCAGCGCUGGCUGAAGCCGACUACCAGAGAAGAGAGUACAUCAGAGUCAAGGAGGGCCCCCAUUUCAGCGAGUUCCUGUCACUUCAAGUUGGGGAGGACUGCUCUGUCACUUUGGUGUGCAAGGUUGCCAACCUGAAGAAAGAGUCCGAGUUCCACUGGUUUAAAGAAGACACAGAAAUAAUCCCUGAUGUCAAGCCUGACCUGGGAUCAGGAGUCUGCAAACUGCCCAUCAAAGAGUUUUCCUUGAACACCUGUGGGAUUUACAAGGCCACCAUCAGCGAUGACAGAGGAAAAGACAUGAGCCAAAUCGACAUUUCAGGGAAAGUUUUCGAGGAUGCCAUAAACAAGCUCACCCAACUGGCCGGUGCGAGCGCCGCCGAGCUGGUGAUUAACUGCACGGCAACAGGCAUCCAGCUGCAGUGCCACAUGAAGUACUACACCGGGGAGAUGAACAUCACCUGGUAUCAUGGUGAGACUAAACUCUCCCACAGUGACAAGAUUGCGAUAGGAGGAACCCCUGCUAUGGCAACAAUGGAGGUGAUCGAGCCCAUGGAGAAGGAUAAGGGACUGUACUCUAUUGUGAUCACAGACCCAGAGAACACACAUAAACGCACCCUGGACCUCAGCGGAGACGUGUACGAACAAGCCUACGCAGAGUUUCAGAAACUCAAGGCUGAGGCCUACGCCGAGAAGAACCGUGGUAAGGUGAUUGGAGGCCUUCCUGACGUGGUGACCAUCAUGGAGAAGAAGACCCUGAGUUUGACAUGUACAGUGUGUGGAGACCCCAAACCUCAGGUGUCCUGGCUGAAGAAUGGUGGGGAGGUGGAACCAGAUGAUCAGUACGUGGUUUCCCUCGACCAGGGGAAGUUCGCCAGCCUGACCAUCAAGGGUGUGUCCAUGGAGGAUUCUGGCAGAUACACCAUGAUCGUCCAGAACAAAUAUGGCGGCGAGUCUGUUGACAUCGUGGUCAGCGUGUACCGCCACGGAGAGAAAAUCCCUGAAGCCAAACCAACCCUGACCCCGAAAACAAUUAUCCCCCCCAAACUCCCCAUUGAAAUCCCUCAGCCCAAGACUCAGCCCGCCUCUGCGCCCGCCCCCUCGGCUGCUAGCCCCGUACCCUCGAAGGCAGCGGCAGGGAAAGGAAUGAAGAGCCCAACUCCCACCAGGAGGAAGUAGACAAGAGGUCUGCGCUUUAGAAAAGAUGAAUCCUAGCCCCCCGUCCCGCCUGUUUUGAAGCCCCGGAGUCACAAAAGCCUUUAUUCUGCCUUCAACUUUUAAUUUGAAUGGAAAUUCAAUUACUGAGCAGAAGGAGGUGAAGUGAAAGGAAAAAAAAAAACCUCCACCUGACGAAACCUAAAUUGGAUCAAACGUGGUUCUGAUGACAUCAAGUUGUGCUGAAUGAACUGAAGUAAUUGUGGAAUAAAGUUGACAUUUGAAUCAAGGGUUGUUCAAAUGAUCAUGUUGAUUACAAAAAACUUCAACAGUUCAAAAUGCAUGGUAAUGAGACAGAACUGUUGAAUUUUCC